ACACCAUCACCAUGGCAACCAUGACCACCUUGGUGGGGACAAUGAUGGCAUACGGCCUUGGUAGGGGCUUUUGAAAAAGCCAGGCCCACCCCUCCACCCCCACCCCUGCCUGUGACACACUUUCUUCAACAAGGUCACACCUCCUGAUCCUAAUCUUCAAAGUGCCACUCCCUAAUGACUAAGCAUCAAAUGUAUGAGCCUAUGGGGGCCAUUCUUAUUCAAACCAACACAGGACUCUUAAGGCUUGUCGGGAGGCAGAGUUGGGGCUUGGUAGCCUGAGGUACGGGAGCUGAAGAUGAUGAAUGCCCACAGAUUGGAAAACUUCCCCAUGCACUUCCACUUGCCCAAGUAGUCAGACUAGUUCAUCCAGCUCCCCUGGCUGAGGGCUUGGGCAGUGCCUAUAGUGUGGUUGGGUGGAGAGUUGGGGUUUAGGGUAGAGGUUGGGCCAGCCCUGCGGAGCGUGAACCUGGAAAGGGAUACAACUGGGCAUACAGUAUACAUACACACUGCCUACGCAGACACAGGGAAAACAGUCUCAGAGAAGGAGGGGCUGGACAUAUAGGGCAUGAGACAUAACACCUCAGGACUGGCAAGGAUGUAGGGGAGCUCACAUCAACAACAGUGGGCACUUGCAAACGUACUUAGGAGGCCUCACCUCAUUUGCUCCACACCCCAAGUAUUUCAAGUUCAGGGAUGAUGACAGUAUCCGACCGCACCCAUUCCUGGGAUAUCUGGCUAUGUGGUCCAGCCUCACCCUUGACCCUGCUGAAGCUUCUUCAGAACGAUCUAAAACUGCCCUGGACCCCUCCCCCAGACAAGAGGGGGACAGUCCGACAGUUGGGUUAAAGACCUUCCUCUUCUGAAUGGUCUACUAUCUCCAUGGGCACUGGUGGGCAGAGCCAGACUAUGCAGUGGCUGUUCCAUUUGGCUCCAGCAGCCGGGGCAGAAACCCUUCACAAGCCCAUGCUAAGCUAUCUCUGUGAUUGGACAGCCGACCACAUGCUCAGACACGCAUGCACGUAUAUGCCCACGCCACCACGCCUGUCUGUAGGCCCGCCUGUGGGCCCGCCCGGGGCCUGAUUCUAGGUCAGGUCUGGACACAACUUCACUGGAAGAGUGGUGGCAGGUGCCGCUGGUAGGAACACAAUGGCUGGGGGUGUGUGGGGAAGGGGCCGGGAUGGCCCUGUGGGCUCCCUAACUCUGACAGCUCUAGCUGAAGGAAUCCGGGCUAGCCAGGGGCAGCCUGUGGGACCCUCUUCUACAGGUCCCCAGGCUGAGCCCGAGGAGCUUGGGCCAGAGGCUGAGCCCUAUAUUCAAACACUCACCCCUGCCUCUGAGGCCCAGCCUGGGAAUGAAGUGGUUGCCCCCACAGCCAGUAGUGAGAUCGGUUCCCCACCCAAUGUCCAGGAGCCAGCCCCGGAGAGACCAUACCAGGUCUCUCAGUAUUCCUGGGAGGAAGGAACCCUUGCAGACCUUGCGUUGUAUACAGCUGCGUGUCUGGAGGAGGCUGGCUAUGCUGGGACACAGGCAACAGCGCUCACUCUGUCCUCAGCCCUGGAAGCCCGGGGACAGCGGUUGGAGGACCAGGUCCACGAUCUGGUGCGUGGGCUGCUGGCUCAGGUGCCGAGUCUGGCAGAAGGGAGACCCCGGCGGGCAGCCCUACGGGUGCUGAGCGCACUGGCUCUGGAGCAUGCGCAGGACGUGGUGUGUGCGCUGCUACCCAGUUCACUACCCCCGGACCGGGCAGCCUCUGAGCUGUGGCGAAGCCUAAGCCGGAACCAGCGAGUAAACGGGCAGGUGCUGGUGCAACUGCUGUGGGCCUUGAAGGGCGCGGCGGGUCCCGAGUCUGAGGCACUGGCAGCCACCCGCGCUCUGGGAGAGAUGUUGGCAGUCUCUGGCUGCGUGGGAGCCACUCGAGGUUUCUACCCUCACUUGCUGUUAGCACUGGUCACACAGCUGCAUGACCUGGCUCAAGGUGCUCAUUCCCCCGACAGCCCUAAGGUUUGGGAGCCUUCUCACCGAGGGCCACCUCACAGCCACGCCAGCUGCACAGUGGAGGCCUUAAAGGCCCUGCUCACAGGGGAUGGUGGCCGAAUGGUGGUCACAUGUAUGGAGCAAGCAGGAGGCUGGAGGAGACUGGUAGGAGCCCACACACACUUGGAGGGUGUCCUGUUGCUGGCCAGUGCCAUGGUGGCGCAUGCUGAUCAUCAUCUGCGAGGCCUUUUUGCAGACUUGCUCCCUCGGCUACGAAGCGCCAAUAACUCGCAGCGCCUCACAGCUAUGGCCUUCUUUACUGGGCUGUUGCAGAGCCAGCCUACUGCACAGCUCUUACGUGAGGAAGUCAUCCUGGAGCGCCUUCGAACUUGGCAGGGUGACCCCGAGCCCACCGUGCGCUGGCUAGGCCUACUUGGCCUUGGUCACCUUGCAAUGAAUCGUGGGAAGAUAAGGCAUGUGAACACGCUGCUGCCGGUACUCCUAAGAGCACUGGGCGAAGGCGAUGUGCGGCUGGUGGGUGCUGCGCUCGGCGCGCUGCGGAGAAUACUGCUGCAGCCCGGAGCACCUGUGAGACUCCUCAGCUCUGAGCUGCGACCACGCCUCCCACCGCUACUGGAUGAUGCUCGGGACUCGGUCCGUGCUUCAGCAGUGGGACUCCUUGGAACACUAGUGCGGCGGGGCCAGAGGGGACUACGGUUGGGGCUUCGGGGACCCCUGAGGAAAUUGGUGCUGCAGAGUCUGGUGCCGCUCUUGCUGCGCCUACAUGACUCCAGUCAGGAUGCUGCUGAGAGCUCAGAGUGGACACUAGUCCGCUGUGAUCGGGCCCUUCGAUGGGGCCUGCUGGAGGAGAUGGUUACUGUGGCUCACUACGACAGCCCUGAGGCUCUAAGCCGCGUCUGCCACCGCCUGGUUCACCGAUAUCCAAGCCAUGUUCAGCAUUUCCUGAGUCAGACCCAGGGCUACCUGCGGAGCCCACAGGACACUUUGCGCCGGGCAGCCACUGUGCUAAUAGGUUUCCUGGCCUAUCAUACUAGCCCCAAAGGAGUCAGUCAAGACCUGUUGGACUCUCUGUUCCAGGACCUAGGACAGCUGCAGGGCGACCCGGAGUCUGCGGUUUCCUCGGCAGCGCACGUGUCUGCCCAGCAGGUGGCGCUGCUUGCCCGGGCGCAGGUCCAAACACGCAGCUCCAACCUCUUCCGCUUCAUCCGCCACCGCCACCGUUCAUACCCUACAAGGCCCCAUCCGCUCUACGACGAUAGUCCAUUCCUACGCCGGAGCCUUGCAGGCCGAUGGAGCUGCCUUGAACCUCGUUGAGCCAGACCCGGUAUCAAGAUUUGUGGGCACGAUCCAUGCUGUCGCCAGUCCCCACCUUAGCAGAUCUGCAGAAGAGAGCUUACUGAAGGGUGACUGUGGGCCUGGUGCUGGGCACUGGUGCCUCUCUCCCUGUUACUCUUUUCUAUGACCCACGAUGUGAAAACUUUGUUGCGGAUGGCACAUUCUACCUCAAGUGCCUUUUGUAGACUUGGUCCAUCUAUUUAUUCUUUGCCGGGCAGUGUGCCCUUCCUAGGACUCAGUCUGCCUAGCCACAGUCCUAGAUAGGACUAGAUAGUCCUAGAUAGUCCUAGAUACACAGAUGUCAUGGCCUUCCUAGUUAUAUCAGUAAUCCAGUACUCCUGAUUCUUCCUUCCUCUAUUCCCUACCUACAGCUGUUCUGGCUUAUGUGCCCUGGCCUGUUCUCCUGUCCAUACCUGUCUUAUCUCCACUCAUGUCAGAAUCCACCCAUAUGAUGGUGUUUUCUAGAAGGUGUCUCUAAGAUCCCUUCAUGCUGGAGAACCCAAGCCAGGAUUGCACCCCUGGGUUGAAAUAUGGAAGCAAGCACUCCACACCCACAAGACUGUGAAUGGGGAUGUCAUUACCCAACGCCUUGUACAGGGCUUAACUGGAAUGGCAUAGCUGGAUAGACAGGAAGAGUCAGCCACAGGUGUCACCCCACCCCUCCGCCCCUUGCAUAGGCAGCUUCCUCCACAUAGAAUGGCCACCGUGAAAUGUCAGGCUUCAGGGAGGCCUCCUCACAAACACAGGGUAUGCACAACGUGGUGAUGAGUGGGGGCUAUUUCCUCACACUCGGGUCUCUUUGUGACAAGCAUGGGAUCCUACUUACGUUUGCUUCCCUGGCACCUACCUGGAAGGUGUUCAGAGUAAACAUGACUACGUGGCAGGGGUUGAACAUCUGUCUGUCUGAGAAAUUGGUUGUGAUGAGCUGGGCUUUGCACAAGAUCUAGCUUGGCUUGAGACCAAGCAAAGCAAUACACAGCAAGCUCCUGGCUUUCUUUGGAUGAGGAUAUAGAACUCUCAGCACCGUGCCUGCCUGGAUGCCGCCAUGCUUUCUGCCUUGAUGGAUGGACUGAACCUGUAAGCCAACCCCAGUUAAAUGUUGUCUUUUGUAAGAGUUUUUGGUCACGGUGUCUGUUCAUGGCAGUAAGAUCCUAACGAAGACAGAAGUUGAUACGAGGGGCUGGGGUAUUGCUGUGAUGAACAUGUUUUUGUUUGGAGGAAUCUGGAGUUGGGGACUUUGGGUUUGGGAAACAGUGGAAUGCUUAAAGUGGGGUUUAAUGGGCAUCCUAGUGGAAAUAUGAAAGUCAUUGGUGCUGAGGAUGGUUUUGCCUGUGUAGACCUGGCCCAACUGGAGAAGAAUGUCAGUGUGUGGCCUAGAAUCUGUUUUUGCCAUAUUUUGGUGAAGAAUGUGGUGGGUUUUUAUUUUGCCAUUGUCUGAAGAGUCUGCCUGAGGCUAAGGUGAAGAGAUGUAAAAUAAUUAAUUGCUUUGAUAAAGAAAGUCUCAAAACAA